AUGGAGGGGAAGAGCAGGCUGCCGGAGGUGACCAUCGUCCCGGUGGAAAGGCCGUUGGCUGGCGAUGGCACCGUCGACGCGGCGAAGGCGGCGGGCAAGGAGCCCAUCAGCCCGGGCACUCCGUCCUCGGUGGAGGGCGGCCGCCGCGGCAAAGAGAGGCGCGCGGUGGAGGUCGUGCCCCUGCCCGGGUGGAAGCUCGACGCCCUCUGCCAGGAGUCCUGCCCGUCGCCGACCAUGAGGGCGCGCUUCCCCUACUUCUGA